AUGUCACACCGCACCACGGGGGGAGCUCGUUCAGACCACACCACCCCUCAACUAUCACCUACCCAACCCCAGUUCACCAUGCAUCCACCUCUUCGCAACAACUCCAACCGGCAUCCUGGCAACCUGACACUGUCGCUUCCACCUCUACGCCAACUCUCUAGCACACCACCGACUCCAUCCACUCGCCGACAUGAUAACCCACUCGGCGUCCACUCUAUACUGAACCCCCAAGCCGAAUUGAUCGAACAGCAACGGGACCGCCGACGCAGUGGAUUCCAGAUGGAGACGCCAUCCCCGGUGGAUGCUCAUCAUUUCAACAGUCUUCCUUCCAUUAGUCGACCGACCAGUGUGGAUUCCACCCAGGAUGACCAAACUUCGCAAAGGCUCUUCCACCCACCAGGCAGGCCCUCUGCUAGGCACGCGUUGACUCCCAAGUCGCCAAUCCUACACAGGACUCAGAGCCUGGGUGGACUUAAUCGUCCCACAGGCACCAUCGAUGCCCACCAAUCACCAUUUCUGACUGCGACCAUGCGUCCGUCAGAGGGAGCAGUCUCGCAUCCAGCUCUGCCUACCCCUCCUGCUGGGAUCAGAACAGGCUAUUUCCCGCCACUGGCAGGGUCAACGCCAACAUCAUCAUCAUCAUCGUCAUCAUCAUCAACAACAACAACGACGACAAUAGCAACAGCAACAACAUCAAACACACUGCGUACUGAAAUGCGUCGGCCGAGUGCACAGUUUCUGCCAUCCGGCAGCGCAAGCCCAAUGGCACAAUACUCUCCUUAUAGCCAGCCGGCAUCAAUUGCCUCAGGGUACGACAGCCAUAGCGCCCAAGGCCAUUAUGCGCCUGCCUCGCAUGAAGCUCACCAAUCCGGUCCACCACUGGAGAUGGAACGCCAUUUGAUCUCUGUGGCGCCGAGCGGUCAAAGCAGUAUUCAGAUCAUGACCAUCAAGAGUCAACAGGGUCAUAACGUGCAGAUCCCAGUCGAUGUUCAAGCUGCUUCGAAAGUUGCUGAUGAGAAGAGGAAACGGAAUGCCGGCGCGUCUGCUCGGUUCCGUGCUCGUCGUAAAGAGAAAGAGCGCGAAGCCUCUAUGAGUAUUUCGAGGCUAGAACAGCAAGUCCGUGAUGCUGUUGACAGGGCUGAUUUCUACCGAACGGAGAGGGACUUCUUCCGAUCCAUCGUCUAUCAACAGCCGGGUGCUGAACGACAUUGCGCGAGACCGGCUUCACCCAUCCUGCGUCGUCUGUCGUCCGCACCCUCCCAUGCGGCGUCUUCGAUGAACGAAGCCGGGUCGGAUGGGUCUUAUGGAGAUUACGAGGAAGACAGCUGUGAUGUAGAGCGUAACGUACGAAGACGCACUAGCAAUUACCAGCCUGUUUCCGGACCCCCACCAGCAGAGGCGAACGUGGCCCCGUUUACUCCUCAUGGCUAUGCGUCAGCUCACGGUCCCUCUUCCCGCGGUCAGCAUUAUGCUCCAAACGAUCAAGGACAUUUGUCAGCUUUGGCGCGUAACACUUAUCGUGAUUCCUUCGCUUGA